AGAAGAGUGCGCCAUUCGUGCGGGGCAGCUAAUUAUCCGUCUCAUUUGAGAAGAGCAGCAUUCGAGGCAGCAGCGUUCGCCUGCUGAACGGUGACAGAUUGGCGCGGAGGAGAGGGGAGGUGUUAAAACAAUGGAGCCGGGCUUGCGAGCGCUGCUGCAUGCUAAUCAGCCCGGCCUCCUUCCUUCCUUCCCUCCGCCUGCCUGCCUGCCGCGAUCCCUCCUUCUCGCUGGCCGCGUGGCAAGCCCUACGCGAUCCGGCCCCUCCGCAGCAGGCGGCACCGCACCCGGCAUGGGUGGUAACCCAGAGAGAGUUCCAGCGGGACCGCUCAGCGGGGCUGGCGGCACCCGGGGGACCUGGCAGGCUGCUGGGUAUCAGUGGCAGAUUUCCGACCUCGCCCUCGGCGCCCAGGCUGCCAGGAGCCCGUCAGUUUGAGUCCCCGCAACGGGCAGAUGCGAGGAGCAUUUUGUACAAGUCUUGCGGGUUCUUCGGGCUGCCCUCCUGGCGCCCUGAUCCCCGCCAGAGGACAGACGAUAGCCGGCAGCGCAGCAGGUUGCCCGUGUCAAAAGUACAGUCUCUCAGGGCAAAAGGUUACGGAGCCUUCAUAAAGGUUUCCCAUCUGUCAUCAAGCGCGACAUCAAGCCCUCUAGAUCAACUGCCCUUCUCGCCAUCACAAGCCUCCUGUGCACGGGUUACUCCACGCACACGGGAUAAUGGAACGAAACAAGUCCUUGAGAUUGCGGACUGUGAGACUGUUAGAACAUCUGCUUAUAACAGUUGCCCUGAAAAAACACAGCAACUGCUCCCGGGGUCAGUGCUCAUGCAAAAGUGUAUACGGACAGACGGGGUGUGGAGUCGAGCCAUUGUGUGA